CUGUGGCGGUGUCAGGUGUGGCUUAGCUCGGGUCAGUGCCAUGAUCCGGCAGGAGCUCUCCACAUCCUACCAGGAGCUGAGUGAGGAGUUGGAUCAGGUGGUUGAGAACUCAGAGCGGGCGGACGAGCAAGAAAAGGAGGCAGACGGAGUACAAGGUCCAGGAAUCUUACCAGCCCUGGACAGCGAGUCUGCCUCUAGCAGCAUCCGCUUCAGCAAGGCCUGCCUGAAGAACGUCUUCUCGGUCCUGCUCAUCUUCAUCUACCUGCUGCUCAUGGCAGUGGCUGUCUUCCUGGUCUACCAGACCAUCACAGACUUCCGCGAGAAACUCAAGCACCCUGUCAUGUCGGUGUCUUACAAGGAGGUGGAUCGCUAUGACGCCCCAGGUAUUGCUCUGUACCCCGGUCAGGCCCAGUUGCUCAGCUGUAAGCACCACUACGAGGUCAUCCCACCCCUGAGGAGCCCUGGCCAGCCUGGGGACAUGAACUGCACCACCCAGAGGAUCAACUACACAGACCCUUUCUCCAACCAGACCCUGAAAUCAGCCCUGAUCGUGCAGGGGCCCCGGGAAGUGAAGAAGCGGGAGCUGGUCUUCCUCCAGUUCCGCCUGAAUGAGAGUAGCGAGGACUUCAGUGCCAUCGAUUACCUCCUCUUCUCGUCUUUCCAGGAGUUCCUGCAAAGCCCAGACAGGGUGGGCUUCAUGCAGGCCUGCGAGAGCGCCUAUUCCAGCUGGAAGUUCUCCGGUGGCUUCCGCACCUGGGUCAAGAUGUCCCUGGUGAAGACCAAGGAGGAGGAUGGGCGGGAAGCAGUGGAGUUCCGGCAGGAGACGAGUGUGGUUAACUACAUUGACCAGAGGCCGGCCGCUGAAAAAAGCGCUCAGUUGUUUUUUGUGGUCUUUGAAUGGAAAGAUCCUUUCAUCCAGAAAGUCCAAGAUGUGAGUAUUACUUAA